UAAAACUGUUUGGAGAGGGAAACUUCUCACAGAGGGACGCGAUGCAGCACUACGGGGUGAACGGCUACUCUCUGCACGCCAUGAACUCUCUGAGCGCCAUGUACAACCUUCAUCAACAGGCCGCACAGCACGCGCAGCACGCUCCCGACUACCGGCCCUCCGUGCACGCGCUCACGCUCGCGGAGAGACUGGCAGAUAUCAUCUUGGAGGCGAGAUACGGCUCUCAGCACAGGAAACAGCGUCGCAGCCGCACUGCCUUCACCGCCCAGCAAUUGGAGGCGCUGGAAAAAACCUUUCAGAAAACUCACUACCCUGAUGUGGUCAUGCGUGAACGGCUGGCCAUGUGCACCAACCUACCUGAAGCUCGAGUCCAGGUGUGGUUUAAAAACCGGCGUGCAAAGUUCCGCAAGAAGCAGCGCAGCUUGCAGAAAGAGCAGCUUCAGCGGCUGAAGGAAGCUGGGUCGGAGGACACUCCUGAAGCAGGGAAAGAAGAAGCUCUGCCCAUUGAGUCUCAAGCUCUGCCCUCCCCUUCAGAGGGGAGUGGCCCCACAGGUCCCCCUCCCUGCGAGCUGAGUGAGGAGGUCAAUGUCACCUCACCGGAACAGUCAGGGGCGGAGUCAGGAGCUGAGGACAUGACUGACAGAGAGGAUGAAUCGUUGUCCUUCAAAGAUGAACCAAAAGAGGCGGAACCACCCCUGGUGACAGACCACAGAUCGCCAUCCUGCAAAGCAAUCAGCCCCAAAUCAGAUGUGCCACUCGAUUCUCCAUCGCUACCCUCCUCCAGUGGCGUCAGCUAUGGGGUGCCUCAGACAAAUUCCUACGCAUCAUCCCCUCUCAGUCUGUUUCGUCUGCAGGAACAGUUUCGCCAGCACAUGGCCGCCACCAACAACCUCAUGCACUAUCCUGCCUUCGACAUGACCACGCCAUCUUCUUUACCAUAUCUGGGUGUAAACAUGAACAUGCCGUCUCCGCUGGGAUCACUUCCUUGUCAGUCCUACUACCAGUCCCUGUCUCAAGCCCAGCAGAUGUGGUCCAGCCCAUUGCUGAAGUCCUCCGGGGGUCAUCCCGCUCUGAAUAGCAAGACUACAAGCAUUGAAAACCUGCGACUGAGGGCGAAGCAGCAUGCUGCCUCGCUAGGCUUGGACAUGCUACCAAACUGA